CUCAAAAUGUCAGGUAAAACUCACAGAGCAGCACAAGUUAAACAAGCCAAUGGCAAAUUGGAAAUUGUUAACAAACAAACUCCACAAGCCGGCAGAAAUGAAAUCUUGAUCAAAGUUGUUGCAAGUGGUAUUUGCGCUUCUGAUCAUUUCACAAUGACAGGUAUGAUGAAUUCACCUUAUCCACUUUCACCCGGUCAUGAAGUUGUGGGUAGAAUUGAAACUUUAGGUCAAGAUUGCAGUAAAGAUUGGAAAGUUGGUCAACGUGUAGGUUUAGGCUGGAACGGUGGUUAUUGCCAUCAAUGUACAUUUUGCCGUAAAGGUGACUUUGUUCAUUGUCAAGCAUCAAAAAUCACAGGUGUAACAAUCGAUGGUGGUCAUCAAGAAUUCGUCUUGGCUUCCGAAUCGGCCGUUGUUGAUUUACCAGAAGAUCUCAAAAUGACAGAUUCUGAACUCGCACCUUUGUUGUGCGCUGGUAACACAGUUUAUGAAGCCUUGUUGGAUGCUGGCUUGAAGGCUGGUGAUACCAUCAUCGUACAAGGCUUGGGUGGUUUGGGCCACAUCGCCUUGCAAGUCGGACGCAAAGCAGGAGCCGUUGUCGUCUGCAUUUCCGGAUCUCCCGAAAAGAAGGACUUGGCACUCAAAUUAGGUGCACACUACUAUUUCUCUUCAAAGGAUAACCUCGAAGAAGAAAUGAAGAAGAUUGGUCCCGCAAAGAUUGCUCUGGCCACAGCACCAAGUGGUGACGCACCCAAACAAUUAAUCCCUCUUUUGGACAAAUACGGUAAAUUGAUCAUCGUUGGUACACCAAAUGACGGAAAAGAAUUAGGAGUGAACACGAUGGCUUUGAUUUCUCAAUAUAUUGGUGUUCAAGGAGCAAAAUGCGGUCAUGCGGCUGAUAAUGAACACUUUAUCAAAUGGUGCAACCUUGCUGAAAUCAAAUCGAUGAGUAAAGAAUGGCCAUUGGAAAAAGCACACGAGGCUUUGACCGAUACGUUUACAGGCAAGCCACAAUUCCGCAACGUUAUCGUUAUGGGUCAUAAGUAGGCUGUGGGGGUUCAAUGUUAUCUCUGAAAUGUUCAUAAGU